AUGACAGCUGUUUUGGAUAACGUUCCUACUGUGGACCACUGUCCUCCUCUUGUGUACUCAUUCUACAAAGGCCUGCGGUUGCUGUCCCUGGGAGCCUUUCUGACCACAGUGAAGUCACCCCUAAUGUUUGACCUCCUUUCCAGGGAGCCAGUGGACGAGGUGCUGCAGAUCCCCCCGUCCCUGCUGACAUGUGGUGGCUGCCAGCAGAACAUCGGGGACCGCUACUUCCUGAAGGCCAUCGACCAGUACUGGCACGAGGACUGCCUCAGCUGUGACCUCUGCGGGUGCCGGCUGGGGGAGGUGGGCCGGCGCCUCUACUACAAGCUGGGCCGCAAGCUCUGCCGCAGAGACUACCUCAGACUGUUUGGUCAAGAUGGUCUCUGCGCAUCCUGUGACAAGCGGAUCCGCGCCUAUGAGAUGACGAUGCGGGUGAAAGACAAAGUGUACCACCUGGAAUGUUUCAAAUGCGCCGCCUGUCAGAAGCACUUCUGCGUAGGCGACAGAUACCUCCUCAUCAAUUCUGACAUAGUGUGCGAACAGGACAUCUACGAGUGGACUAAGAUCAAUGGAAUGAUAUAGGCCAGCGUCUCCCCCACGUCUUGGUGUGGGGGGAGGUGUUUCAUGGAAGACACCACCGCUAUGGGCUCUUCACUCUUAGGCACUUUGGGGAUUUGUGGGUGGGGUGAGGCACUUCCUGGGAGAUGGUAGACCCGUAUUGGGCACCCAGACAUAGCAACCAAGUCACAUUUAGUGCAAAAGAGGAGAUUGAAAAAAGGGUGGGCCCUUUAGGAGAAUGCAUGGCCACUGCCUUUUCAAAAUAACUGACACCAUUAGCAGAGGACAGGCUCGUUUGGGGGACAAGCAGGCACUGGGCCAGUGUGGUGGGGUCUCACAGCUACAGAUAGUCAUUGUGUAAAAACUGACGGUGACUUUGGCCCUGGCACACUGGAGAUGUGCAAUGGAUUUCUUUCCUCUCUGGCUUUUUAAAAAUGACCCUGGUCUAGUUGCUGUCCACCUUCCACACAGGACAAGACAGAGAGGACAGUGGCCAUCCUUAAAAAAAAAUUCUUUUUUCUUGGCCAUCUUCCUGAGGUCUUAAGCUUUGGACCAAGGGAAACUGCAUGAAAACCUAUUUCAGUUGAGAAUGGAAACUGCAGUGUUUAACCAAGCAAUGAUUGAAAACCAUAUCAAAGAAUCCUUGGUUUGACACCCCUUUGUUUGGAGCAGUUUCACAGAUUGUUUCUACACAAAUGUAAAUCUUAAACAUAGAAGCUGUCCAACUAUUUUAUUAUCUUAGAUUAUAUCAAAGUAUUUGUUGUGUGUGGUUAAAGAAACAAAAGCAGAAACCCCCCAAAGACUUAAUAAAAGUGAGAGGUCAAA